AUGAGCCGUCACAACUCCGUAUCGACAACCAGUUCGGGGUCAUCAGGAAGGGCAAGCAUCUCAUCAGAGGCAACCUCAACGAGUUCAGUCUCAUCCCAGAACACUUACGACAAAAGUACUUCGCCUUCAGUCAAAACGGCACUGUCAGUCCUUGGAGGAUUCAGGAUCAACAACCAAGGUGCCGCUAAGCCCCAAGGCCCUUACUGGUGCAUACCCUGCAAUGUCAGUUUCCAGCGCAAGGUCGACUGGAUGAGGCACGAGGACGAAGUCCACGACCGACAUAAGCGUUACCCCUGCCCGGACUGUAACAUCAUCUUCUGGGACGCCAGCACCUUCAACCAACAUCACAAGAACGCACACGGGUGCAGGACCUGCCCUCACGCUGAGCAAAUGGUCCGGUCUACGCAACGGAGGACGGCGUGGGCCUGUGGAUUCUGCGGGGCGUUCAUGGGCGCCAGUCAUCGAUUUGUCGACCAUGUAGCGAAGCACUACGAAGAUAAUCACAACAAAGCACACUGGAAUCAUAGUCUGGUAAUCUACGGCCUGCUUCAUCAGCCGGUGGUCCACCAAGCAUGGAAGGAGUUGUUUGCGCAGUUGUAUGGACACAUGGCACGCGAUGAACAGCCCAUCUUGGGGUGGGAUGCGCAAACGACGGGACACGCUCGGGGGUUCUUGGAGGGGCAGGCUCCGGGGAAGUUGCAGGAUUUGCUGGAAUUCUUCAAGGGUGGACGAGAGGAGGCGAGACGGCUUGCGAGGUUAAGUCAUGAUCAGGCUAUCAUUCGGUCACGUCAGGGAGUGGCUAUUACGGCGAUCCGGGUACCUGUUCCUAAGCGAUCAACGGUAUCAACGGAAUCACUCAGGCACAAGUCGAUAUUGCAGCAGCAGCAGCAGCAGCAGCAGUUCGAUAGACGCAACAGCGCCACUAGCGGCAACACCGGAUUCCCUCAACCCCGACACCACCAACAACAGCAGCAACACCAAGUACAACCACAACAGGAACCCACAUACCAAAAACAACGAUCAUUCUCUCUCCCCUUUACCACCACCACCACCACCACCACCAUCACCAGCUUAGCCCAAUUCCCCAACCCACCAACAAACAAAUACUCCCACCUCCAUUCCCACAGCCUUAAAUUCUCCCUACCUGUGGGAACCAUCUACGAAACCCCCGACGCAGCGUCGACAACAACGACAGUCGACUUUUUCAAGAACACACUGGCCGCCACCGCGACUAUGACGGCUACGUCUAAUAGGCAACACCAACUAGAUCUUCAAGAUCAACAACAACAGCAGCAGCAGCAGCAGCAGCAACAACAACAACAACAAAAUCGAUUUACGAUACCUCCUCUUAAUCUUUCCAAGGAUGGUUUCUUUGAUAACAUGGAUGUUAAGAUUUAG